AUGUUCCCGUUCCAACUUCACUUUUAUCCCCCCAGUUUUCAACCCCCCGAUUCUUGGCCCCUCCCAACAUGCUUUGCCAGGCGUUUAUCUUCUAGCUUCAACUCACAUGCUAACGCGGAGCGUCACUCCUCUCUUAUCGAUAAGCGCAUGUCCAAGCAAGCGGUCCAUUCCAGUUCAUCGGCUUCCAUUUGGAUCCCUCGAUUCUCCUUCAGCUUGGCAUGCCUCAGUGUACGCACAUUGCUACAGGUCGGUCAACAGGCAGUACUUGCACGAACAUUAGAGACCCUCUCGAUCGAUAUCUGCUACUUAUCGGAGACCCGCCUGCAAGACUCGAGCUCUGUGCUCACUCUGCGAUCCCCUUCAGGUGACACCAGCAGUAUUUUCUCAUUGCGCCUAUACGGUGAUGAUGCAGUUUUGAGCACCGGCCAAGCUGGUGUUGGCAUUGCCCUGAGUCCCCGGACUAUAGCUGUUCUGGUCGAUUGGAUUCCAAUCAUUAGCCGGAUGUGUGCAGUCCGAUUGACUGGCUCAUUCAAAGCUUCGAAGUCUCGCGGGACUAAUAGGUGUCUAUUCAUCAUCGUUGCCUACGCGCCCGCAAACUGUAGCGAUGAUUCGCUACAAAACGACUUGUACCGCCAACUGACCCAGCUGCUUUGCCACAGAAGAAGCACAGACGCUUGUGAUUGCUGGGGAUCUGAAUGCACAAAUUGGCAAGUUGUCCACCGAUGA